GGUCUUAGUUUGGUUCAGAAUUCAUCAAUCUCCCGAACCCUUGCCCGCCGAGUUGCAGUCCUUCACGUAGGUCUUGCUCUUCCAAAGUCGCCAUUACGCAAUAAAGGCUUCUGGUGAGCUCUUCCAGUUAGUUUGUGAGCUGUAGCGUGGGCGGGGAACUCUUCCCGCAUGUAAAUUACUCACUUAUUCACUGAUGAAGAUGUGAGAAAGCAAUAUCGUGUUUGGGACUGAAGAUGGGAAGUGACUCCACGAACCCUAAGCGGUUACCUCUCAAUCCCAACUGGGCUCAGCUGCAACAAAAACUGAAAAGCGACGCGCCAAAGCCAUUUAAACCUUCAGUUGAUUCGGACAGAAAAACCCAAGAAAGCGUAUUAGGGAAACGUAAAGAGAGAGGGGAUGCCGAACCCACUUCUCAGAAGUCUAUUCUCACUCCAGUCACGAAUGAUUGCAGCUUAACAGAUGCUUUGGCCAUGGAUUGUGAAAUGGUUGGGGUCAGUUCUGAAGGAAAUAAAAGUGCUCUUGGACGGGUGACAUUGGUGAAUACAUGGGGGAAUAUUGUAUAUGAUGAGUAUGUUCGUCCAGUAGAGCGUGUAGUUGACUUUCGCACUCAAAUAAGUGGGAUUCGACCCUGUGACUUGAGGAAAGCAAAGGACUUCCAGUCUGUUCAAAACAAAGUGGCUGAGUUGAUUAAUGGAAGAAUCCUUGUGGGCCACGCCUUGCGUAACGAUCUUAAGGCAUUGUUGUUAAGUCAUCGAAAGAAGGAUAUACGGGAUACCUCAGAAUAUCGACCCUUUCUAAACAGGGAAGAAGGGCGUAAAAGGUCGCUUCGUGAUCUUGCAUCGGAGCUUCUUGGAAUUAAGAUUCAAAAUGGGGAGCACUGUUCUAUUGAAGAUGCUAGAGCAGCAAUGCUAAUUUAUCAGAAAAACAAAAAGGAAUGGGAGAAGAGUAUUAAAGAGCACCUUAGUUUCAAGAAAAAGAUGCUGAAGCGCAAGCACAAAAAAAAGCCGAAGACUAAUCUCAACCAAUCUGUAGUAACAUUAUAGCGUGAAUUUCAAGAAAAAGUUAACACUUCUUUUUAGCUUCAACGGCAACUCACAUUCACUUCAUGAGGAAUAUUAACAGCACUGCUUUAAGAAUUUCAGGGGAGUAGUGGAGGAUGCUCUGCUCUGCUCUGCGUAGACCUGAUUCCAGUCCAGGUUGUCCAGGAACUUGAAACCACCCAUUUAAUGGAUUAAGUUUUGUUUAUCUACUGUCCUCAUUACAAUCCAGACAAUCUGGUCCUAUGUUUUUUAUUGGAUGGUUUAAAAUGGAAGAAAAUUUAUAGCAGACAUGGGCUGGGGAAUUUGUAAGUUUUUGAUUGAUCUAACCAAUGAAGAUUUAAAACAGUCUUUGAUUGGUCUUA